UAAAACGAGUUUGAAUGAAAUUUGCUCGUCAAUAUGUUUCAACUAUAUAAAGCAAUGGUAAUAACAAUAGCCAUUAGUGUGAUGGCUACGUAUAUGUUUGUUUGCUGUUUUGCUGUCUUUGCUUUUGAGGAUGUACCAUCAAAUGACGAAGUUAUGACUGGCAAGGAUCAUGCAUUUUCGUGUGUUGUUAGCGGUAUGAUGUACGAAGAACUGACUUGGUUUAAAGAUGGUAGGCAAAUACAUUUAACAGCAGACGUAGACGAAAUACGAAUUUCUAUAGUGAAAAACGAAUUAUCUAACGGAAAUUUGUCAACAUUAGUUAUAGAUAAUGUAAUACGAAGUGAUGCUGGGCUGUAUCAAUGUGUUGUCAUAUUACCGACAUCUGCAUCUGUGCUGGACCGUUCACCAGAAGCUGAGUUAAAUAUUCUUUCCUUGCCAGCACCAGAAUAUCCAAUUUGUUCUGAGCCAGAAAGUGAAAUCAUUUCAGGAUCGACGGUAAAAUUAACAUGUGUUUCUGAAAGGGUUCAUCCACCUGUGAGUUUACAAUUUAUCCGCAACUCCAAACCAGUGAACACGGGGAUAACAUUCACAAAAACAGCUAACUUGGUAACACUUCAGUUUGCAAAAAUAACAACAAAAAUUGACAAUGGUGACGUUUACGAGUGUUAUCAAUAUUCUUCACUUGAUUUGAAUUAUCAGAAAUCAUGCAGGACGAAGCCUUUAAACAUACAAUACAAACCCGAGAUAAAAUUACAACAUACUAAUCCGGUAUUGCCUGGAAGAGAAACGAUUCUCUUUUGUCAGACAUUCGCUAACCCUCCUGUUUCACAUUAUCAGUGGACAUCAGUGCCUCAUUUAAAAGCGGAAGAUAUAUUUACUGAUGGAAAUGGACAAGUAUUGAAGCUGUUACGACCUUCAUUAAAACAAAGUGGAACAAAUAUAACGUGCAUUGCUACUAAUGAAAUCGGACAAGUAUCAUCCUCUAUAGAAUUACAAGUUUCUCAAACAAUAAGAAAUUCAGAAAAUAAUAAGAAUCCACACGAAUCAACAAGUAAUCAAAUGACAGAAAUGUCAAAUAAAGGAAUUGGUUUAUCAUUGGAUGUUGUUAUCAUCAUUGCUGCCGGUGUUGUUAUUAUUGUUGUACUUGUUGUUCUAGUUCCCGUUUAUCAUUAUUGUUUGUGUCGUAACAAUAACAUAACCACAAUUGAUUCUUUAGGAAAAGAAGUAACUCAGCCUGAAGUGUAUUAUGAGGCCAGGGAGGGAGUUAUUUUAAGACAUACGAUACAAGAUCGUUCCUUGCCUCGUGUACCCACUACUGAAGUGUAUGGUCAUUGGAGACAUUCAACAGCUUCACAAGUUCCCAAUGAUCUUGAGUCACAUAGUUACACGUACAUCGAUACCGAGAACGAUUGAUGUUUUUUUUAUUUUUGAUCAUGAUUCAUAUUUUUACCCACAAUAAUAUAGUGAUAAUAACUCUCAUCAUUAUUCUGUGCUAUUGUUCGCCAAUCUACAAAUGAUUUAAUUAUAAUCUAUUUUAUUUUAAUUACAACAAAUAUCAACGGUUUGUUAGAUAUGUAGUGCAAUAAUUCAAUAAGAUAUUGUAUACGUGGUUUUCAUUACAUUCACAAUCUUACACUGUGAUUCUGGUGUAUUAUAAUACAUAAUGAACAAGUAUAAUAACAUUAUUAUAUUAUGUUGUCAACAAUGCUUAGAUAAUGGGUACAUUGAUAUUUGGUUGCUGUCAUGCUGUUCUUUUAGGAUGUAUCAUCAGGAGACCGAUUUAUACUUGGUGAAGAUUAUGCACUAUUGUACGUUGUUGAUGACCGUACGUCGUUACGUAUAAAAAAAUAUACACGUUUAAAGAUAGUACGCAGAUAUAGUUGACAUGUUAUGAAAAUGGUAUUGUUUAUAGACGCUGGAUAUAUAAAUGCUUAGUAAUAUCUCAUUAAUCGAUUUUGCAGAUAGUUCAUUAAAUGUGAACAAUUAUCAUUUCCUUACCAGCACCAGAGUUUUUUUUUAAAUUAUAAUUUCUAUUCUCUGUUCCAGGCCUAAAAUGUGGUAUGAUAACAUUAUUGACGGUUACAUUUACAUGUAUCUCUAAAAGAGUUUAUCCAGUGACUCUACAAUAAAUACUAGGACAAAUUUGGUUUAAAGGCGGGUUUCUAGAUGCUUUAUAGACUUUAAAUCAUUGGUAAUACUAAUGUUUAGUUUGAUGGGUACAUUUAUAGUACAUAGGUCUAUUUGCAGG